AUGGUCCGCGGUUGUAGGAGGGAGAGUGUUGAGCCUGGUGCACAUCCAUUCUGGCGGCGGGAGAAAGGCAUCAUGGAUUCUAUCCCUGUGGAGGCGUCUUCCAGACCUCUGCUUGACCGCCUGUUGUUGAAACAAGGCAGUACUGCAAAGCAACCGUUCACGGUGUCUUCUGCGCCCGCGGACAUUCUUCGGGACACCGACACUUACGGCAUCUCACUUCUUGCCUCUCUUGGAACAUUGACGCGUGCCCGACAAAACCCCAGCGUGCUGCUGUGGCUGGACGGUGUUGCGAGACGACAGUUCCGCUGGAGAAAGAAGGACGCAACGGCUCAGCGUCUUUUCAGAUGGGCGUCGCGUCAGAUAGAGAAACGUGAAGCUCUCAAAUUGCACCUCGAUCCGGCGAAGGGUUUGUCUUUUCAGCCCGCCAUAAACGGGAAUUUCGUGAUAAAAAGGCACGGGCUGCAUGUGGCCCACGAGGAUUUGGUGCAGUGGGAGCAAAGGCGUUUCAAACAGCUAGAGGAGAAAAAUUGCAGCCAGCCCUGGCAGAUGUCGCCUGGGCCGCAAAAGAUACUGCAAGUGCGAGGCACGGUGGAGGACGGUGAGGAGUGGAGCAGGACAAACGGUGAACAUAACGACGAUGUAUCCACGCCCCACAAUACAAAGAGCAACUCCCGCCGUAUCACGAAGGAUUACCCCCCACUGCUGGAACGCAUGCAAGACGACAUUGCUGUGCGGCGGCAGCGUGCAGCUGAACGUGAGGACUACGCGCGGCGUGAGUCCGCCGCACUGCGGCUUUCACCGCGGCAGGUUGCAAAUCAGAUCAGUCGACUUUCACAACACGCCGAUACGAAACGUGAACUGUUGUUUGACGAGGACGUGAAGUUCACGACGAAGACCAACGGAGAAAUAUUCUCGCCGCCAGACAAACCCCCGGGCGUUAGUGUUGCUAUUGCUUCUUCAUUCCAGCUCAGGCGACAGGGGGACGCCGGGCCUUCAUCGGCGCCCCGCCGCUGUCCACCGCCUGAGAUGCCAACGGCGAGGGCUGCGACUUCUCCGAUUCAAAUUAAGGCGUUCUGCGAGCGGCAGCGAUUGUGGGAGACGCGUCGCCGGGACCGUCUCCGCUGCAUUGGCGAAGAAAUCAACGCCCGUAGAGAAGAGAAAGAUAUGGCGGAAUGCACGUUUCAUCCCACAGUGAACGUCUCGCCGUUGAUACAUACGCCGAGCUUCGAGGAAACCCGCAGUCUAUCGAUGCGUAUCCCAUUCGGUGCCCUCGAGUACAAGUCACCCACGCACCGCAGGCCACUCGAUUACGAAGACAUCAAUGAGCUGCGUUUGCGCAAAACACCGGCGUCAGCAAACAAAUUAAACGCGCACGUACAAGGCAGGAGAAACGCCUCUCUGUGUGGCAGGGCCGCCUCACGCACACCCUCUCGACGAGCAGGGAGAAGAAGUUACGUUGAGCUCCACACCCCUCGGCGGGAGGAUUCAAAAAGAACUGAUCGGAGCAAUUUGAUGGAGACAUCGUCUGUCACAAGGCGGGCUUCCCAGUCUCAGAAAGAUAUCGGGAGUGGGGCGUUGGAUCUGGACGAGCAGACACUUCUCGACCUGAGCAUAUGGUGGAAGGAUCUUCUCAUGCAAGAGCUACAGGUUUCGUGUGGCACAUGUAACAAACGGGAGGACGACGCCUUUGACCUCCGCCUACAAGAUUGGGCACUGGAGACUCCAUUUACAUGUACGCUUGCCCCACAAACGGUCAUCCAGGCGCUACAGGAGCUAAUUUACCUUAGCGCCGGCGAAUCGAACGCCAUGGCACUUGAACGCAUAUUUGGCAACGAGUCUUCAUGGAUUCAAACAAUUUUACAAAAAGGGGGUAGGGUGACUUUUGCUCAGUUUAUCGAACUUUACAAAAAGUUGUUGCACACAAAAUAA